AUGCCUUCAGUCAACACUUUCAUCACCGCCCUCGUGGCUGGUUUUGCCAUCGGAGCUCAUGCCGGCCCUUGCAGACCUCAUGCUUCAAGCUCUGUUAUUCAGUAUCCUGUUUCUACCACUCAGCAGACCGCAGCCGGAACUUCUGCUGCCUACACUGAUGUUGUGAGCAAGUCCGAUGCCAAGGCUUCUCUUUCUACCACGGCUGUGCAAGUCACCAGCACUACCAAGGACGAGUCCGAGCCUGCCACUGCUGAGGAGACAACUACUGGAUACCCUGUCGCCGAGACGACUUCUGCUUCUGCUGAAACCCUUACGAAUGGUUCUGCUUAUCCCACUUCCGAAGCUGAGACUACUGAGCCUGCCGCCAAAACUACACCAACUGCUAAGAAGGACACAACAUCUGCCCCUUACACUUCAACAUCAGUCCUAGAAACCACUUCGAAGCCAAAGACCACUCUAGACACCACUACUGCAGCCCCUACCACGACCUCCAAACCUACCACAACCACCUCCGCUGCUGCCACCUCCAGCUGCCCUCCCAGCUCUGAGCUCACCUGCGCCAAGACUGGUUUCUUCAACAACGCCGACAGCAAUCUCAUCCAAGUCUACUACGACUAUAACCUUAGCCAGUGCCAGGAGGAGUGUGACAAGACUGACAACUGCAAGACCAUUGGUAUCACCACUAGCAAUCAGUGCGAGCUCUACGAUGCUGCUGUUUCCGCCCUUGGAUUUGAAUUUAGGGAAGGCUGGUACUACUCCGUCUACGAUGCUUGCUGCUUCAAUGGCGAGUAG